AUGAUAGCCAAUGCAAAUAAUUGUGAAUCAAUAUCAAAUUUCAUGCUUUUUGUACGAAAAAAAUAUGAUCGUGAUGAUCUUGAUGAUUUAUCACGUUUAUCACAACAACAACUUGAUCGUUAUGAAAGUAUGGAAAAAAAAUUUGAACGUACAGCAGACUUACCUUUUUAUGUAUGGCAUAAACGUAUAUUAGCUCAUUAUUUGCGAAAUUUAUUUUCACGUAUUACACCUAUUAAAUUUUCUACAUCAGCUGAACGAUGUUCAUGUGCUGAAAAAUUAUGUAAAGAAGCAUUUAUGCUUGAUAAAGAAUUUAAAUCAUGGGAUGGUACAUCAGCUGAUAAUGCAACUGAAUAUCAUUUUAAUAUAUUAAGUAAUAUAGCUGAUGUAGUUGAACAAACAGACUUAGAUUUAAUUGUGCUUGAAAUAUCUACAUUAGCAAAAAAAUAUCCAACUUUAUGUACGAAUCAGGUUAUACAAAUUUUAUUAUUACGUGAAGAUUUAACAAAACAAGAAGCAACAGAUACAGCUGAUGCAGCUGUAGCAUAUAUGCCACGUGUUAAUCAAGGUACUCUAUUUGAAAUCAUGGAAAUUGUUAAUCAACCAAAUUAA